CCGGACGUCUGGAAGCCAUUAUGAUCUGGCAGAGACCAGGUAGCAAAGAAGCAUACAAUCAUCAAGGCUAUCUACAAUAACGUUAUUGUUUUUUUUUCCUUUUUGCGGGUGAUGGUUGCGGACUGUCUUACCAAUUAGUACGUUACUUACUCACACUACGUUACGCUCGCGUUUCGUAGGUACCUACAUAUGACUAUUCAGUCACGAACAAACUUGCUCAAGCAUAUGGGGACUAUGAGGACCUCUGCUGAGUAAACUGCCAUAUGGUAUGGCCUGAUCGGCUUCGAAAGAGCUAUGCUGGAAAAAGGUAGGUGGCCUUGAAUGCACCACUGAAAGAGUUGGUGAGGCAGUGCCGAGGCUGUAAUCCGGCCCGCGGCGAAGGUUGAUUUGUAUACCACUUAAACCGAUUACAGGGGAUAUACAGCCCCUGCUCUCAGGGUUGUCAGAUGGUAAGUACGCUUGCCAACUGCUCUUUGUUGUUGUCGAUACUACGCGAUUCAUUGCGAUAUUAUUAUAUAAUUCGAUCGCCUGCCUAGCGCCUUUGGCGUACAUUUGUUGCCUAUCCUCCCUUGGAUUAGUACCGGGUUGAAGCCACCGGCUCCCUACAGAGCCUUCCUGCAGUCCAUCCAUCAUGGCAUCUACGAGCAAGUAUGAGUAUACGGACAUAAUCUGCGAGAUUAGGGGAAAGAUUGGGAUUAUCAAGCUCAACCGCCCCAAGUCGCUCAAUGCUUUUGGUGGCAACCUGCUGCCCGAACUGGUGUCGGCAAUCCGCGAGCUUAAUGAGCACCCGGAUACUGUCUUCACCGUCCUCACCGGCGAAGGCAGGUUUUUCUCUUCGGGCGCUGAUAUAAAGGCGCGAGCUGGUCUGAAUCAGACCCUCACCAAUCCUGCAGCAAAGAAGCUCAACUACAUGGCAAGUACAACGGCAGUAUGCGCUCAGGAGAUUCUUCGGUCCCUCAUCGACCAUAAAAAGGUCUUCGUGCUAGCUCUCAACGGUCCCGCGGUGGGAGGCGGCGCUGCCUGGUUCACUGGAGUCGCAGAUAUCAUUCUAGCCGCAGAACAUGCCUACCUCCAUGCUCCAUUUAGUGCGCUUGCAUUGGUCCCGGAAUUCGGCUCUGCAACCUCUUUUGCCCAGUCAUUGGGCGUUCAUCGGACCAAUGACUUGCUUCUCCUUGGGCGCAAGAUGACCGUGGAGGAGCUCGAGCAGUGGGGACUGGUGAACCGGAUCCUUCCCAAAAAAGGGUUCCAUGAGAAAGUCAUCGAGUUUCUGGAAGAACAACUCGCCGUCAAUGACGGGAAGAGUAUGAUGGAGCACAAGCGACUGCAAAACAUGCCGCUGCGUAAGGAUAGGCUGCUGGCCGUCUAUGAUUCUGCAGAUGCGCUGGGUGAGAGAAUCGUGGAGGGAGCGCUGGAAGCGCGGUUUGCUCAGAAAAACAAGGAACUGCAGGAGAAGUCGACAUCUCGCUCGAAGCUGUGAGGUUACCAGUAGUGGUGCCGUAACGUGUGUCCCAUGCUCGGUGUUUAGCCUGGGUGUUUAGCCUGGGUGACCGUGGAACCUUUCCAGCCCACUCGGGUCCUGCUCCACGUUAAUCAUUUAUUGCGGUAGCCGUGUUGAUACUUUAAACAAACUUGAAAUGCUACGUUCGAUAUAACGCUCAGCCAACAUACCUCAACAAAGCAGUGGUUACUUACAGCACAGUUCACACACAGGUAUCCCAGCAAUACACCCAUUAGAUUUGAAACCGA